AUGCGGGCGACGCAUUGGGCCGUGGCAUCGGGAAAGUCGGACACCCUCCUCGCACUUCUGAAAGCAGGCGCAGUCUACGAUGCAGUCAAUGCGCAAGGCGAAACGUGCCUCAUGAAUGCGUAUGUAACGGACGCUUCGCCGCCGACCUGCGUUGCGAUGGCGCAGGCGUUGCUCGAUGCCGUUGCGGACCCUCUGAUAGAGGACCGCCAAGGCCAGCUUGCGCUGCAUCAUGCAGCGGACCAAGGCAACCCGAACAUGAUCGACCUGCUGCUUCAAGCGAAAGGAUCCUCACUCUCAAAGAAGAUGCUGUCGCACUCGAGCAUGUGGGACAUACACCGCUUCAGAGCGCCUUGGAGAACAACCAAGUAUAAGCCGUGGCCCACCUGCUGUUGUUGGGCGCGCGCGCCACAGUUGAUCGUGAAGGACGCGGAAAUUUGCUUCGGCGGGCGGUUGUGA